AUGGACAAAUCCACAGAACUCGUUGGCUAUAUUCUUCAUAAGUCAACCCAAAAGCUGCUCGACGUCACCAUGGCGGCGAAACGGAAGUCUUCCGACGACGACGGCGAGGCCACCCCCGCUAUACCGAAGUGGGUGGACACCUUGGCGAGGCGGCAGUUCACCGGGAACGACGACGAAGCCAUUGGCGUGUGGUUCGUUGCCUCGAAGAGGGUGGAGAACUCCGACCUCGUCACGCAACAGAACCGCCUCUACCUUCCCACCGAAUUCGUCAAGGCCAAUCUCGUCGGCCUCCUCUCCCUGGAGGAGCGCGCCAUGGCCAACCUCGUCGGCGACAUGCCGAAGGCUGCGGGUCGGGAGCACGGAGGGCUGCGAGUGCGGGUGUACGCACGGUGCGGAUUCGUGUCCUACCUGUGGCUGACUCGAUGGGACGGAAGUGGUGGCACCGUGAUCAAGGGCAGCGAGCUCAAGUUGUUCCGCUCAUGGAGUGCGCUGAAGAAGGGUGACAAGAUUGACUUUUGGGCCUUCCGCAGCGGCGGCGAACUUUGCUUCGCCAUCGGGAGGCCGUGA